ACGCCCCACAGUGUAACCCAGAAACGGGGCAUCUUCCUAUUCUCAGUUCGACUUGGUACCUCUGCAAGAACCCAGUCCCAUUCACUCCAUUGGCGUUAUCGUAACGUAGAUUUGCAGCAGUGUUUAACACCCUCUAUCCCGGAGCCACCGUCACUCGGGUGAACCUUUUCAUUCUCUCUCCGUUGUUCCGCGUUGCGGCGGCGCUGGCGCUGGCGCCGGCCACCGGGAUCGGAAGGACCGACGCGCGAACCAUGCUGAUUCGGUGGGCCGGAUUCCGGUGCGACCUCCGCGGCCGGGCCCCGCGGGUUCUCAGGCGAGCGGGCCUCCGCUCGCUGCUGGUUGUGUGGGCUUGCUUGCGGCUCUCCGGCGCCUCCGUCGGCCGGUCGGCCUGGGCCGAGCAUUACGGCACCAAGUCGAGGUACCGGGACGUGAGCCAGGGCGAGGAUCCCUGGCUGCCCCCGGCCCGCUGCACCCAGCUGCAGCUGAACGGCCUGAUCCGGCACGGCACCCGCUACCCCACCAGGAAGAAUGUGCCCCACAUGCUGGAGGUGCACCAGCUGGUGAAGGAGCUGGGGGACACCGGCCUCGACCUGGUGCAGGCCCUGGCCGCCUGGAACAUGUGGUACCACGAGCGGAUGGACGGCAACCUCCACCCGCUUGGAGUCUCCGAGAUGGCCCGGCUAGCCGAGAGGCUGGCCGCCGGCUUCCCGGGCCUCCUGGCCCCGCAAAGUUUCCUCGAGAACAGGGUCAAGUUCCUGACCAGCUCCAAGCACCGGUGUGUCAACAGCACCCAGUCCUUCAUCCGAGGUCUGGAGAGGCACCUGGGCUUGCGGGACGAGGCGGCCGGCCAGUGGGAGGUCGACGACGGGCUGCUGCGCUUCUUUGAUUCUUGCCAGAAGUUUGUCAGGCUAGUGGAAAACAACGGCACGGCCCUGCACCAGUUGGAGGUGUUCAAAACGGGCCCAGAAAUGGAGAGAGUGAUCCAAAAAAUGGCACAGAAGCUCGGCGUGUUACCAGAGGCCAUCAGUAUCGAGAUGGUGGAAGCGACAUUUUACCUCUGUACUUAUGAGUUCAUCCUUAAAGGCAUAGUUUCUCCCUGGUGUGACCUUUUCGAUAAACAAGACGUAGAGGUACUGGAGUACUUGGGUGACCUGAAGCAAUACUGGAAGAGAAGCUAUGGAUAUGAAAUUAAUGGUCUCUCCAGCCACAAACUAUUCCAGAAUAUAUUCCAAUAUAUGGACCAGACCAUUGAAGAGAAUGAGAGGAACGAAUCAAUAUCUCACACUGCUGUCUUGCGAUUUGGGCAUGCGGAGACCCUCCUGCCAGUUUUGACUCUCAUGGGGUAUUUUAAGGAUGAACACCCCUUACUAGCAAAUAACUUUGAAGAGCAAAAGAAUCGCAAAUUUAGAAGUGGACAAAUUUCACCCUUUGCCGCAAACCUUAUUUUUGUCCUGUACCACUGCAACGAAUCACAGAGCAUAGGGGAAAAGUACAAACUCCAGUUGUUUCUGAAUGAAAAGCCACUACCAUUUCCUCAGAAUGGAAGCCUUGUUGCUGACUAUGAUGAAGUGAAAAACCACUAUCAACAUCUUAUUGAUACACUGAAGUUUAGCAAUGUAUGUGAGUUUCCCUCAAAGGAGUUAAAUAUAUCACAACAUGAUGAGAUAUAAGUUAGCUCCAUACCUUUAUCUGAUCGGUUCCUUUCCUUUAAUUCUCUGGAAAUCAUUUUUGUGCAGGGGAGAGAUUUUUUGUUAUUUUUCUUGUAGAUACAAUGCAGAGGUGGAUGAAGUAGUUUUAAAAGGACUGGGAACAAGUUGCUCAUUUUGAGACUGGAAAUUAUAAUCUUUUAAUGUUACGUUCACGUUGGUCAUUGUCAACUGAAAUUCUCUGUCAACAGUAUUGUGAAAGUAGCUGUGUCUAAUUUAUCUCUUGUGACUGAAGCUGCUGCGGAACCUCCAAAGACUAGUUGGGGUUGGUGUAAAUCUUAGGGAAUUCAUUAUCACCUUCCAUAUUUUUAGACCACAAAUGCUGAAGGAAUGUUGACAAUAUAUAGAGGACUGAAAUAGCAGGAUAAAAAUAUGCCUAUAUUAAUCCACACAUGAAUGAUACUAUACAAAUCUGGACAUCCUCACAUUGGAAGAAUUGUUGGUCUUGGAAGGAUUCCCCCAAAAAUUAUACAUGAAUAAACUUAGUGUCAAGUGAUUUUUUUUAAAUCAUGAUUAUCAUGACUAAAAAAAAAUUGUGCUUUAUUGCCAUGAGGUGAUGGUGAUCACUUUGCCUUUUCCAAUGAUUCCAUGAAGAACUCAUGGGCUGCAAUGUGGUGGUGGAGGUGGGGAUUUGUGUCCAGGACAAAGUUUUAAUCAUGGCUCAAGGAAGCACAGUGAGGUGAAAAUACGCUAUGUAGUUUUUAAAAAUAAAAAUAUCAUUGUUUAAUUAUUGA